GCCCGUCAUUUCUCUCCACCCUUCGUCUCUCUUGCUCCCUGUGUGUCCUUACCGAAAAGCCGUGAAAUUCCUGAAGGUUUACACUUUUGCUUUUAUUGUUUUGGCGCACAAAUUAGUGGAUUUUCUUGGCUACUAUAAACCGUUAUAACUUUUAGGCUACUAAUGUAACUGCGCCACUUGUAACAAACGAUCAUUUCAAUCAUAACCGCAGAACACACGUUGGAUAGUCUUGCAGUUCAACGCCCUACUCCGGUUAAAGUGAGCAAGAAAUUCAGAAUGAAAGAACCGGGGAAUGAAAAUAAGGGUGGAAAGUAAGGAGGGAGAGGAGGAAGGAGAAAUAAAGGGAAACUAGGAAGAUUUUUUUGCUCAAGGAAGAGAUAGAAAGUUAUGUGGGCACAAUCAUCGUCUCCCACGGUUUGACAGGUCAAGAAGUUUCUACUCCGGGGGGAAUUUGAACUGCCCCGUCCUCCCCAGAGCAGUGUGAAAUCUACCCACCCUGGAACUCUCUCCUACUGACACAAGAGAUGGAGGGAGUAAAGGAGAGAGAGAGGGAGCGGGGAGAGGAGAAAGAGAGCGACGAGAUGGAGGAAGAGGAGAAAGAGAGCGACGAGAUGGAGGAAGAGGAGAAAGAGAGCGAGGCUGAAGAGGAAGGUGAUGAAGAGGAGGAGGAUGAAGAUGCAGAGGGAGCAGCGUUGGUGUGGCAGGAGGGCUCGUACGGAGAGGAUGACCUGGGCCUACCCAUAAUGCACUGGGAGGCGCUGAGCCUGCGCAUCGCCGAGCUAGAGAAACAGGAAGAGGAAAAGAGAGAGAAGACAAAGUCUUCCAGUGUCCUGGAACGAGGGAAGGUGCUGUCCAUGAGCCGGCCAGGAGAGAGAGAUCGAGGGAAGAGUAAAGACAGCUGGGAGGACGGAGGAGAGGCGGAGGACUGCAAUAGCCGCGUGACAGCCCUGACCGCUCGUCUUUCAAAUCAGAUGAACCUCCAGCUGUGCUUCAUCAAUGACAGCGGGAGCGAAGAAGAGGAGGAGGAUUCUGGGGUAACGAUUUGCACAAAGAAUUCCAAAAUGGUGGUAAAGAAUGGUUCCGGCGUGCAGGUGUCCCAGCAGCCCCAGUCCCCAGCUGCAACCAAAAGCAAAUCAUCAGGCUUCAAGGCUGCUCUGAGUGCACUCAAAAACAAGCUGAGAACAGAACAGAAACGGAAGAGCCUAGUGUGUGGUGAUCCACUGUUGAAGAAUAGAAAGCGAGACCAUAGUGACCUGCAGGCCUCCAGUCUCAAAGAACUCAACACUCACAGAAACUCUCUCAAUAAGGCAAUACAAGACCUGAGCACUGAGCUGGUGGUUCACCUCCAGGCUCGAGACCAGCUGAGGACGGAACAGGACGCGAUGCUGCUGGAGGACCUGAGCCCUAGGACCAUGCCUCAGGACUACCUGACAUGAUGACUCCUU